AUGUCUCUGUUAUCAUUACCGAAUGAGCUGCUCAUCCAGAUUUCGGAUGAGUUGAAAGACGACCUAGGGGACUUUGGUUCCUUUGUUUAUACACACCAGUGGCUGGAGCUGCUCCUGGAGGACACCUUGAUAGACCUGGUCUUCAAUACGCAGUCAAGAAUCUGGGGCAGAGAGGUGAUGUUCUCUGCAGCCAACCGAGGGGACGCCGUCACUGUCCGGUCGCUUCUUGACCGCGGUAUAAUCUCGUUCGUCUACGAUUUUCCCAUGAUCCCACAAGACUUUCUGCACUUUGCUGCCAAAACUGAGUCUUACACCACAAUUUGUACUCUCCUGGCCUGUGGUGUUCCUCCAUCUGUACACAGCAGGUCUGGGGAAACGCCCCUUUGUGCAGCAGCCAAGGAGGGCAAUCUUGGUGCAGUGAAAGCAUUCAUUGAGAGUGGGAAAGUAAAUAUUAAUGCGGGAGAUGCAUGGAAUAGAACACCCCUGUGGCUCGCGGCGUCGAUAGGAGAUGAAGAGAUUGUUAGCGCUCUGCUCAACCUGGAGAACAUUGAGGUGAAUUCUUGCAAUGUGGACUGGGACUCGACCGCAGGCAGAACACCACUAGCUAUCGCCUGUUGCCUAGGUCAUGGAUCGGUGGUGAGAGAACUACUAGCGGAUGGAAGAGUCGAGGUCAAUACGCAAGAUGAAGCAGGCCUCACACCCAUCCAUUCAUCCGUCAAAUACCGCCACAGAGACGCCCUUCGCCUCCUUCUCUCCCAUCCCUCUGUCAAUAUCCUCACUCCAUGCAAGAGAGGACGCACACCACUCCAUACAGCUGCUGAGAUUGGGAAUCAAAAAGCCUUCAAGAAGCUCCUUCACUACCCACAAAUAACAAAUCCGGAUAUUUUAGCAGGAGAUGAUUGGACUCCGCUCGGCCUCGCGGCAUGGAAUGACCAUGGGGAUAUUGUGAAAGCAUUGGUGAAGGAUGGAAGAGCAGACCUUAAUAGGAUUGCGGGGGUGGGACAGACGGCAAUUGUUCUGGCGGCCAAGAGGGAGAGUUUCUGGGUUUUGGAAGUAUUGCUACAUGCCAGGGCAGUGGAUGUGUAUAAACGAGGGGAGACAGAUGGAGUAUCGUUUGCAGAGUUUGUGGAGCGGGGGAGCAACUUGAGGCUGAAGUUGAUCUGGAGGAGGAAGCUGAGGGGUAAGUGGUAUUAAAGUUGCGUGCAGCGGAGGCGGUGUAAUGCUAGUAGCAUAGUUCUUAAAUAUAUUGGCAAUUUGUGAGAUUCCGUGCCUGUUAUAGUUGUGCGAAAUCCUGAUACCGGACCAAGUGACCUGACGAUGUGA